AUGGCUUUAUCAACUUAUUCGUAUCCUAUAAAAGGAAUUUUCUUUUUUAUUAGUAAUUGGAGUUUAGUUCGAAGAGUCUUACUUGUAUUAGUGGUUAUAUUUUUUGUAGCUUUGGCAAUAAUAGGAUUUUCAUUUGGAUUCCUUUUAAAAGUUCAAGCCACCGCAUUAAUAAAUGCAAAUUGUCCAGCUUGGUUGGCUUGGAUAGUUUCCGUCAUUUUUUGUCUGAUCGAAAGUGCGAUAUCCACAAUCAUCAUUUACCUGAUCAUUACACCUAUAUGGCAAGAUGCUUUAUUCGAUGAUGUCUUGAGAUUAAAAGGUGUUGGUCAUGUGUUGGAUAAAGAUGGAAAAAAAUCAACAUCUGACUUAUUAGCAUGUUGUCGUGGAAUUUGUUCAGGACUUGGUCUAUUAAUAUUUCAAAUUUAUGCAUUAGUAAUAUUUCAGGCAAUCACACUUUUAAUUACAUUACCAUUACAUCUAUUGCCAUUUGUUGGUACAAUAUUAUACUGUUAUAUAAAUGGUUGGGUGGCAUCAUGGGGUCAUCAACUACAUUAUCACCUAGAGAUUAAAGGAUGGGGUGUAAAUCAAUCUAGAGCAUUUGCAUGGAAGAAUAAAGGAAGUUAUAUUAGGUUUGGUGCAAUGGCUGUAGCACUUGAAUUAAUACCAAUAGCUAAUUUUUUAUUUUUUUGGACAAACGUUGUUGGUGCUGCUUUAUGGACUGCUGAUAGAGCGGCAGCAUCAGAAGUUAAUGAUGAUUCAAGUAAUUUGAUUGAUGAUGAUGAUAAUAAUCAAUCUUUUUCUUCAACAUUGCCAUAUCAAUCUAAUAUGCAAACGAAAAUUAAUAAAAAAAAAUAA